AUCAAUUCUUCAAAUCUAAGUAACAUUUCGAUCCUUCCCUCUGAGGCAAACUGUCGUAUUUGGAAAGAAGAGUACCACCAGGAAAACUACGUCUCCACUCUAGCAGCCGUCAUCCUCAACAUAGUCACUUGUCCAAUGACUGUUUGCUUGAAUCUUCUGGUGGUAGUUGCUGUAAAAAGAAAGCCCAGAAUUCAGACUAUGUACAACAUUCUGUUGUGUGCUUUGGCGGCAACUGACCUGGUGGUGGGAGCUGUAGUGCAACCGAGCUUCAUUGUUCAAGAAAUGUCGCUGAUAAAAGGUUCUUCAUUAACCGUUUACUGUGCUGUAUAUAAUAAAGUAGUGUUCCUUUUUCUCGCCCCCUGCUUAGCAUCACUGUCGCUACUAGCAUUGCUGAGUAUAGAGCGUUACUUGGCCAUGAAAUAUUCCUUACGAUACCAACAAAUCAUAACGACGUUUAGGGUGGCCACUGCUGUUAUUAGCUGCUGGGUUGUCGCACUCCUUCCUCCAGUUUUCAUUUAUUCAGCCAGCCUGGCCGCUCAGGGUUUGUCUAUAGCCGUAUCGAUAGUGUUUGUGAGCCUCGUUGCGAUCUUUUACUGCCACAUCUCUGUCUAUUCAGUAACUCGUCGCCACACCCGUCAAAUCAAGUCCCAACAAGUUUCGCAAGACGCGGCGAAGAAAUUCCUGGAGGAUAAGAAGGCUGCGAUAACCACCACCAUCAUCGUUGGGUUUGCGGUAUCUUCAUUUGUGCCGUCACUGGUGUAUAGAUUCAUGCCCCCACUUCCUCUUCACAAUUACCUUGGCAAUCUAUUUAUCAGUUUUAAGCCCCUCUUGCUAUCUUGUGUCUUGAUCAAUUCACUGUGCAACCCUAUUAUUUACUGCUGGAGAAGCUCAGUUCUUCGAAAAGCCAUGUUGGAACUACUUGGAAAGAAAAACACUGGAUAG